UCCGUUUCCAUGGGAACAUUAGCUCCGUUAGCUUCGUUCGCUGAAAAACGUCAGUGCUUGAUCAAUCUUUAUGUUUAGGCUAAUAUAUGUAGCAUGCAAUUCUUCGAACGAUCUGCUCUCAAACAAGAUAGCUGUUUUAUCCAAUACAGGGUUUGCUAGAUCGUGGAGAUCAGGGGUGAGUUGGGCUAGCUAUCUUUUUGGAGUGGACAUAUCGUGACAAAAUGAGUGAACAACUUAAGUUCAUCGUUGACCAGCUAAACAGGGAGCCAUUCAAGAAAAACUUGAACCUCAUCACAUUUGAUUCGAUCGAGCCAAUGCAACUGCUACAGAUUUUAAAUGAUGUUUUGGCUGAAAUAGACCCAAAGCAUGCUAUGGACAUCCGUGAAGAAAUGCCAGAACAGACAACCAAAAGGAUGUGUGCGCUUCUGGGGAUGCUUAAAUACAAGCCACCAGGAAACCUAUCUGAUGUAAGCAGAUUCAGACAGGGCUUGGUUACGGGCAGUAAACAAGUGGUCCACCCCAUCCUCUUUUGGUUACUGCAGAAGGUCCCUGAGCUGAAGAAACGUGCCUAUUUGGCCCGAUUUCUUGUUAAAUUGGAGAUACCAGCUGAAUUCUUGCAGGACGAUGUCAUCAAUGAGACUUAUCACCAGUAUGAAGAACUGGUGGAAGGUUUUAAGACCUAUCACAAGGAGUGCGAGCAGCUGAGGACAUCCGGGUUUUCUACAGCUGAGAUUAGAAGGGACAUCAGUGCAAUGGAGGAAGAGAAAGACCAGCUGAUUAAGCGUGUGGAAAGGCUGAAGAAGAGGGUGGAGUCAGUGUCCAACCAUCAGAGGAUGCUGGAGCAAGCCAGGCAGCUGAGAGUGGAGAAGGAGAGGGAGGAGGAACUGGCUCAUCAGAAACAAGAGCAGAAGAAUCAGCUUUUCCAGGCCGAACAGAGACUCCAGAGGUCCCAGCAGCAGUUGAAGGAUUUGCGACAGGCUUCGGCUGAUGCCAGUCCAGAAAGCCUAAUGAAGAGACUUGAAGAGGAGAUCAAGAUAAACUCCUAUAUGGUUUUGGAAAAAUUACCUAAGGAGCUUGACAGCAUGCGGAGAACAGUGCAGUUUCUUCAGAAAGUAGCAUCAGAACCUGCCAUGGGCCAAGCAGAUGUUCAGGAGCUAGAGGACAAGAUUAAAGAUGUUGAUUCAAAAAUAAACCAGUUAAUAGAGAAGAGGAUGAUGAGAAAUGACCCAAUGGAUGACAAAUUGACUCUAUAUAGGCAACAGGCCUCCAUAAUCAUCCGAAAGAAAGAGGCUAAAGCCGAGGAGCUGCAGGAGGCAAGGGAGGAGCUCUCCAAUGCAGAGAAAGAGCUCAAUCAGAGAGGCGACCAUGGAGCAGAUGGAGACGGCAUGGUCAAAACUGAAGAGAUGCAAAGGCUGGUGACAAGGCUGCGCAGCAAAGGAACCCAAUACAAGAUGCGGCAGAAGGAGUUGGCAGAGAUACAGACAGAGUAUGGAGUCCUGCAGCGGACAGAGGACAUUCUGACAAAAGAACACGAGGCUGUCCAGAAGAGACUGGAAACUGUAGAAGCUGAAAGGGGGAUUGCUGGCUACAGCAACACACAAGAAGAACUGGAGCGAGUGUCUGCCAUUAAAAGUGAACUGGAUGAGAAGAAAGGCAGAACACUGGACGACAUGUCAGAAAUGGUGAAGAAAUUAAACUACAUGAUUGCUGAAAAAAAGGAAGCUUUGUCUCCACUCAUAAAAGAGCUGAGAUCACUGAGAGAGCAAAGCCACAAGGUACGGCAGGAGUACGAGGACAAGAAGGCCCAGUAUGAACGCACUGCUGCUGGUCUCGAGAGCAACUGUUCAAAGCUGGAGCAGGAUGUUAAAGUGCUGAAAGAGGAGACGGCGCAAGAUGAGAACCGCUACCAUUAUCUCAACAGCCAGUCCCAGAUCAUUGAGAUGCAAAUUCAGCGGGCGGCCGAUGAGGUGAAGGCCUACGUGUCCUCAGACCCACAGGAGAGGAAGAAGACGGUCAGGGAAAUGUACUUGAAAAACAUCUCAGAGCAGGAGCUACUUGGAAAGAAAUUGCGUGAAAAGCAGAAGAUGAUACGAGAAAACCACAGCCACAACAUGGAGCAGAUGAAGAUGUGGAAGGAUCUGGAGUUACUGAUAGAAUGUAAAAAACAGUGCUUCAUUAAGGCUCAAAACCAGGCAUCUAUUGGCAAGGUCAUUCAAGAAGGAGGAGAGGACAGGCUUGUAUUGUAAACUUAGAUUGUUCACGCACACUACAAUCAAAUAUGGUCACUUCAGUUUUUAUUUAUAGAUACAUACAUUUUGCCAUUUCAUUUUGAGAUUUUAGGAGACUCUUUUCUUUCAAAAAUCACCAUUAAUACAUGACAAACUUUAAGGUAAAGAAAGGCAGAUAUUUUUAUCUCUUUGUCAAUGCUCCCACUUCUUUAAAUUGGUCUAGGUUGGUUUCUUGGAGGUGUUGCUAAACAUUUUUUUUCAAUAACCCACUGGACAUGUGGUUUUGACACAUCUUUAAAGACACACUUUCAGGCAAAGUGUUCAAAGAUAACAGAUUACAAAGUGGAGCUCUUACGGUCAGGUGGCAGUCAACUAUUUCUGGCAACAGACCCUUUGACCUUGGAGAGAUCAUCAUAUCAA